UGAUAUUUUGAUAAACCGAAUCAUGAAAAUAUAAAAAAUGAUGACAUACUAAUUGUGGUUGAAUUUUCCCAUUUUCUAUUGAUAAUAAAUCAAAACCUUUCGUCAUUUGCCAACUAUAGAUAAUUAUAUUACAAACAUAAGACCUUCAUAAUGAAAGUGAGACCAAUCCACUUUCCUUGAAAUGAUAAAUUCAUUAUAAAUUAAAAUUUCGUGUCUAAUAAGUCUAAAAUAAUACAAUAAAUCUUUCUCAAACAUAAAAUUGCCCCACCCUCACAACAAACAGUUCAUAUAUUGAGUAACUUGAUUGCAAUGUAUGAGGUAAUUGGUAUCAAUUAAAACUCGUAUCACAUCAUUCAGAAAGUUUAUUUGUUGAGUUUCUUUAUUGCACACUUAAGUUAUAUACAAGAUAAAACAUUAAUAGUAAAGCAUGCUGCACAAAAAAGAUAGGUAUAUCUGAAGUUUUAUCAAAUGAGAAAUGACUUAACAAUAUCUUGAGCCGAUAUCUCCGAGCGUUUGUAGUUACAACAUUGUGGUAGGAGUGCGUGAUUACCUGGUAUUUAUAUACCAUUGAAAGUGACGGGAUAGAUCGUAGAUGACUGUAGUUAGUCUAUAAAGCGUUAGUAGUGCUGUACUUAAUUCUGUUGCAAAAUUUUCGUGAUUUCUUUGGCGUCAGUAACGUUGUGCUUCGGUGUAAUUCGGCAGAAAUCGGGUUAAGUCGAUUUUGCGCGAAAUUCUAUUACAAUUGUUAAAUUUUAAAAAACUCCCAUAUUGACUAACCUCUACGAAUAUGGGUUUACUAACCGAAGGAAGUCCUUUAAGUUGGGAAGAAACAAAAAAUCUGGCUGACCACGUGCGAAAACACGGAAUCAUUCAAUUUAUUAAUUUGUACAAAAGGCUCAGAGAUAGACAAGGUGAUAUACUCAAAUGGGGUGAUGAGGUGGAAUACAUGAUUAUUAAAUUUGAUGAUGAAGCAAAAACUGCAAAACUUAGUUUAAGAGGUGGAGAAUUACUAAAAACGUUAAAUGAAAAAGAAUAUAAUGAUCCAGAUAACAUCAAAUCACUAUGGAGGCCUGAAUAUGGUGCUUAUAUGCUAGAAGGAACACCAGGGAAACCAUAUGGUGGUCUAUUAGUUCAUUUUAAUGUUGUUGAAGCAAAUAUGAAAUAUCGAAGACAAGAAGCUUCAAAGUUACUUCGACCCAAUGAAGUUUUAAUGUCUUUAACUAAUUUUCCAAGAACAGGGGCACCUGAUUUUACAGAUCCUCCUACAAAACCAACACCAGACUCUGGAGCAUCAAAAAGUUUAUUUUUCCCAGAUGAGGCUAUAUAUCCAGGUCAUCCAAGGUUUAAAACGUUAACAAGAAACAUAAGAAAACGGCGUGGAGAGAAAGUUGCUAUAAACAUUCCUAUUUAUAAAGAUAAAAAUGUACCAACUCCAUUUAAAGAGAAUUUUGAUCCCUCUCUUAAAGAUGAUUCUAUUAGUGCAGCAAAAGAAGAUCAUAUUUACAUGGAUGCUAUGGGUUUUGGAAUGGGUUGUUGUUGCUUACAGUUGACUUUUCAAGCUUGUAACAUCGAAGAAGCAAGAACAUUGUAUGACCAAUUAACACCUUUAUGUCCAAUAAUGUUGGCUCUAACCGCUGCCAGUCCAUUUUAUCGAGGAUAUAUAAGCGACGUUGAUUGUCGGUGGAAUGUGAUAUCUUGUUCCGUUGACUGUAGAACACAGGAAGAACGUGGUUUGAAGCCUUUGAAGGAAAACAAAUUCAGAAUUAGUAAAUCUAGAUAUGAUUCUAUAGAUUCGUAUCUUAGUGAACAAGGGGAAAAAUACAAUGAUGUUCCUUUAACAUAUGAUGAAGAAAUAUACAAACAACUAUUGGAUAAUGGAAUUGAUAAGUUACUUGCGCAACAUAUAGCUCAUUUAUUUAUCAGAGAUACUGUAUCCCUCUUUUCUGAAAAGGUCUACCAAAAUGAUUUAGAAGAUACUGAUCACUUUGAAAAUAUCCAAUCAACUAAUUGGCAAACAAUGAGAUUUAAACCACCGCCACCAAACUCAUCUAUAGGCUGGCGUGUUGAAUUUCGUCCAUGCGAAGUUCAAAUCACAGAUUUCGAAAAUGCUGCCAUAGUUUGUUUCAUCGUCCUUCUUACAAGAGUAAUUUUAAGCUAUAAAUUAAAUCUUUUAAUACCGAUUAGUAAAGUUGAUAAAAAUAUGGCUCGAGCUCAAAGAAGGAACGCAGUUAUGGCAGAAAAAUUUUGGUUUCGGCGAGACAUUACCUCAGACAUAAAACAGCAAGAUGAUGGUCAAGCAGAAUAUACAGAAUUUACCGUUAAUGAAAUUAUUAAUGGGAAGAAUGGUGUCUUUCCUGGUCUAAUACCGUUAGUGAAUUCGUACUUAGCCAGUAUGGAUGUGGACGCUGAUACUCAUUGUACAGUACAAGCUUACAUGAAAUUAAUACAAAAAAGAGCUGCUGGUGAAUUGUUAACAACUGCCGCAUGGUUAAGGAAAGAAGUUGUUUCACAUCCAGAAUACAAAAACGAUUCCGUAAUAACACAGCGUAUCAAUUAUGAUUUACUAAAGAAGGUACAAAAAGUCGUGUCGAAUGAAAUAUCGUGCCCAGAAUUACUAGGAACAUGUAUAUCAUCUAGAACCAAUGAAACCAUACCUGCAGCAGUUGCAAAAGCGGAGAAUCUCCCAUUAUAAAUGAUGAACGGCAAUACGCUUAAAUAAAUUACAAAUAAUUUAGAUGAAAUUUUAAUUUAUUUCAGUACAUUUCAGAUGUUAUUGUACAUACUUAACAACACUUAAAGUAAAAUGUGUUUGUACUUAAUGAUUUAAUAGUUUUAUAAAUAGUUACAUUCCAUAAAAUAAUUUUAUUUCUAAUGUAUUAAAUUAUGAAGAAACUUGUAUUUUGUACUUGGCUCCUAGAGCAAUGUACGAAAAUAAAACAGCUUCAAAAUUCAACAGGAAAUUUUACAGGUUAAACAAAAGUUUAAUAUUGUCGAAAUUUGUUAUCUGUUAUUAUAUCCACUGUUUCAUUGUGUUUGUAUUCACGGAUAUCGUUACUGAAUUUUAUAUUACAAUAUAUGAUUGUUUGUAAUAUAAAUUGUAAACUUCUCUUUCAAACGAUAUGCAUU